UAAGUUCAUGUGUUUGUAUAAGUGAUUCGUGGUCAAUGGCGACUGGUUAAACUACCUAAAAAUUAUUAUUUAUCAAUUUAUAAUAAUUAUGUAUUAAUACAAUAAUUAAAUAGACAAAACAACAUUUAUAUUACUAUACAAUCAUUUAAAUUUAUAUACUUUCAAUAAUCAUCAAUCAGAUUUAGACAAUUGAAAUAAUAAUUUCAAUAAAAAAUGAUUAAUCAAAAUAUUGUUGGUGUCACUUUAUUAAUUGGUCUGGCUUCUGUUUUUAAUUUUGCCAUUCAUCGAAUUGAUGAAGGCCACGUCGGUGUUUACUUUAGGGGAGGAGCAUUAUUGCCACAUGUAAGCAAUCCUGGUUUUCAUAUGAUGAUUCCAUUGUUGACAACAUAUAGAUCUGUUCAAGUAACUCUACAAACUGAUGAAGUUAAAAAUGUACCAUGUGGUACUAGUGGUGGUGUUAUGAUUUAUUUUGAUAGAAUUGAAGUUGUUAAUAUUCUUGAUUCAAAUGCUGUUUAUAAUAUGGUCAGAAAUUUUACAGCUGAUUAUGAUCGUACAUUAAUAUUUAACAAAGUACAUCAUGAAUUAAAUCAAUUUUGUUCAGUUCAUAAUCUUCAUGAAGUAUAUAUUGAUUUAUUUGAUCAAAUUGAUGAAAAUUUAAAGACAGCAUUGCAAAGAGAUUUAAAUGAACUUGCACCAGGUUUAAAUAUUCAAGCUGUUCGUGUAACUAAACCAAAAAUACCAGAAGCAAUCAGAAAAAAUUAUGAACUAAUGGAAGCUGAAAAAACAAAAUUACUUAUUUCUGUACAACAUCAAAAAGUUGUUGAAAAAGAUGCUGAAACAGAUAGAAAAAAAGCAAUUAUAGAAGCUGAAAAAGAAUCAGAAGUUGCACAAAUACAUUAUAAUCAAAAAGUUAUGGAAAAAGAAUCAUUACAACGUAUUGCACUUAUUGAAGAUGAAAUGCAUUUAGCAAAAGGUAAAAGUCGUAGUGAUGCUGAUUUUUAUCAAAUGCAAAGACAAGCUGAAGCAAAUAAAUUAUUAUUAACUAAAGAAUUUUUAGAAUUAAAAAAAUAUGAAAGUUUAUCAACAAAUUCUAAAAUUUAUUAUGGACAAGAUAUACCAAAAAUGUUUUCAAUGGGUAGUUGUUCAGAUUCGACAAUUGAAAAUUACAAUGAUAAAAACAAAAAAUUACAAGAAACAAAUAAAUAACAUUAUUUAAUUGUAUUUUUAUUUCAAUUAAUUGUGAUAACAUUCAUUUUAAUUUUCAUUACAUUUUAUUAUUAAUUUACAUUAUUCAAUUUAAUUUAUAUAUUAAUAAAUAAAUUAAAUUAAUUUAAAUUUA